CGUACCUGUAGUCCCAGCUGAUAAUUGAGCGAAAUGUUUUCGGUGUACUUGAUCUUGAAUUUCCGCGUCGUGUUUACCAGAAACAACAAGCAAAACUUAAAUUUUAGUGUUUUGUUGGUGGCCUAUACCACAAAUACAUCUAAACGAUCGGAAUCAAUAUUCACGGGUAGAAUCUAGCAGUGGCGUCGGUUUGUCUGGAGGAAAAGUGCGUCAAGAAAAGCCGCAUACAAAACCUUUCCGGCUAACAUCUUUUCUUAAUGUAAUGGGGAACUCCAGCUGGUGUCGAGGUGAGAAAAAAACAACAAAAAAUCCGAGCCGCGAUCCAUCUAAAGGAAGAUUUCCACCAAUCGGACCUUGGUCCCCGUUCAGGACCCUCAAAAAUUCCUUCCCUCUUCACAGCGCCUGUGAAAAAGGAGACCUUGAACUCAUCUGCAAACUUUUAUACCAUGGAGUCGACCCCAACGCACCCAACUCAGACGGUUUGCUACCCAUAGAACUACUCCCAUGCGACGAAAACAGUGACGUAGCACUGGACAUCCUUUUCCCUUAUUCGGUCGAGGACGGGUGUUCCGUCUCGCUCCACACCAUGACGGUGGCCAUGCUCCAAACUUCCUCCUACUUCCGUCACCUCUGUUCAGUCGCCAAAGAAGUGACUUACGACGACACCGACUUAAUUUUUUUCCGCAACAAAUUCAGAUACUUGGUCAAAAAACACUUCUUCCUCUUCUUGGACAAGUUCGAGCACGUCGUGAGAGCUGCAAUCGACGAGUUUUUUUUAUACUGGAUGAUAAUUUGGCCGGCCGGAUGGGAUGACGUUGGCGAAUAUGCGGCAGUUUUGGACGCCCUUGUUGCACGAGGGUGUCUUGAAGAACUCGCACGUCCCAAGACUCAUCUAGCUACUGAGCCUAAACGAAUUUACGAAGACGAGAUUUGGGUUGCAGUACCAGGAACUGACAUUAUUAUCGCACAAUUAAUCGAACUGUUCAGCUUCAGGUUCGACGAAGACGAAAUCACGAAGAUGAUUCUCGAGAUGGUGUCCUACGGCCUCAGAGUGACCUUCCACGACCUCGACUUUGUGUAUGGUCGAUACGGCCACAACGACUUGUUUCGAAUUUUGUUACAUAUGGAUGUGGACGAUAACGUACACUGGAAAAAUGAGGUGUCUGUGAUGGUAGUUCUGCAUUUUGACCCAGGGUUGUGCUUGCAGGACCCGGAGUUUAUAAUGCUUUUUGAGCCCUCGGUGAGCUCCAGUGAUUUAAAUUUAAUCUCCGUAAGAGCGAAUAAAGACAAAGCACUUAAAUAUCGAGAGUUUUGGGCGUGUCUGGAAAUGCAAACUAGGGUCAGGGAGGAAGAUAGUUGCUCGACGACGGGAACUGAUGGAAUUAAGAAACCUAAACCAGUUUUUUACAGUCUUUAUUACGAAAGAGAUUAUCGGACUGGUCCUAAAAUUUCCCUAGAUGCGUUUUUCGACUAUUUCAACCACGAGAAGGUGAAGGAGUUCUGUUUGAGUAGGUGCCGAAGAAAGAAGUUGAUAGAGAAGGUGAAGAGGAUGCCGACGGUUUCUUCUCUAGUGGAAUUGAGCAGAAAUGUUGCGAGGAGUUACAUUGUGGACAAAUUUCGGGCGUGGAGUUCGAGGAAAUUUCUCACGGCUGUGAACGCACUUCCUGUUGACAACACCACGAAAAGUGUACUGGCUUUAGACACGAAAAUAUAUUGAAGUCGCGAAGAAGGUCCUCGAGAUGGUGUCUUUCGGCCACAACUUAUCGGUGAUGAUUUUUUUUGCAUUAUAAAUAAAUUUUUAGUCAAGAUA